AUACGUGAAUGUACGUCCAAAUCGACGUGCAUAGCAAAACAACAGCAGUAGCAAGAGCAAAUGUUUCUAUAUGUAGAUCGACUCACGUGUUUUUUGAACACCCACUUUCACUUUCACUUCAGGUGAAGCAAAACAACAAAGAUUUAUCUUAUCUGUGCAUCCCAUUCAGUCGGCUACAGCAAGAACACCAACGAUUUUAAUCUACAGCAAAACAACAGCUUCAGAGGGGCCGGGUCGCCGUCGCAUGGAGGCAGCGCCGCCGCCACUGGGUCUCCCUCGCCUGGGCCAGCGCCAGGUCGCUGGGUCGUGGACAUCGCCGUGGCCAGGGUCAUCUCGGUGGCCGUCUCGUCGCCGUUGGGUGGGGAUACCGUCGGUGCCGCCGCCAGCGCGCGCCAGAUCGCCUGGGGCAUCGCGGUCGCGUCGUGCCUCCAUCGUGGCCUCCGAGUGGCCGUCGCUAGGGGAGCGGCGUCGGCCUCCAAGUCGCAGUCCAGUCGCCGCCGCCAAGUCUCGCCCUCGCCUGGGUCGAGAUUCGUUUUUUUUUCUUGUUCGCUAAAAUUUUCACAAGACAGAACGUAAGCAGGGGGGGUUAUGUGUAAAACAAUUGUUAAGUGGAUGGUCAUAUUCCCACCUCCAAUCCCUGCUGUACGUCCUCGAUCCGAUGGGCUAGGAUGAAAAUUUUCAGUUUUUACUGAUCAAGAGUUUUCACUUGAUACUUCGCCCCUCAUCUUAGCACCCAUGCAUUGGAAGAGGUCUUAUCUUCUCCUUUCCCCAAGUGUAAACCCUAGCUACUUGUAGCCAACUCUUAAUUCAGGGUAUCCGUGAGUGGAUUGGUCGGUCAAUAUCCUGCUAUUUCCUCUGAUCUGCUGAUUGAUCCUCUAGAUCCAGCCUUUGGGCCUCUCUCCCUAACGCGUGCCCGAUCCGAUCGAUCUGCAGACUCAGAAUCGGUCGAUGGGGUCCUUCCUCUCGUCGGCUGCCGGUGCCGCGGGCGAGGUUGAUCAUGGCGCACGCGCCCACCGCUCUCCUACCAUAAAGGAGUGCACCCGCCUUAUGACAAACCAGGAGCUAGCUCGGUUAGACGGAUACGAUCCAGUAAGCUUCCAAGAACUCAUGGCCAGAGGAAAUGCUGGCCGCCCCACGUUGUUACAAGACGAGGCUGACUCCGCCGCCGUUUGUAAGCUUGUCCGCUGCGCCCUCAAACACUACAACUCCAAAAACCCGGGCGUCGACUUCGAGUAUCCCGCCGAGCUGACAACGGAGAUGAAGGCCACUGGUAUCAGUUUCAGGGAACGUUUCUGGUACCACGUCGGUUUCUUGGCGCGCCGGAGGAAUGCUGGCGCUGAUGAUGAGUUGCAACACUUCUUUGCCGAGCUACGCUUCAAUGAGUGGACCCGCAGACCAAAUGUUCAAACAUGCACCAUCUUAGAAAAGCCGUUGUGCCGCUUCAGAAGCAGGUGUGCUUUUUGUACAGAUGGGUCUAAGGUUUUGCACCCAAGUGAUACGGAAUUUGCGUGUGGAAAGGAGGGGCACGAAAAGGAAUUCUUCAACAAGAAAGAUAUGCAAGUGUGGCCGAUUGAUCCUAUGAGACAUGCAUCACAGAUGUAGGAUACUUACGGUUUUCUUAUUUGUCAUCCUUGUUGUUUAAUUUCCUGGAUCAUAAGAGAAAUAAAUUGUUGUCCGAGCUUCACCAUGCACAGGAUCCUUGCUUUUUGAGCACGAAGACGUCUAUAAAAUUUGAACAACUGGAGAACUAAAUCAAAAUGUAUGCUGUAAGCUAGCUUAUCGCAAUAAGCGGACCCUCAAAUACUCUGUUCAGGAUUAAACUUUGGCCAUUGGACAUAGGUGGCAUAUGCAAUCCAUAAGCUGACCCUCAGAUACUCUGUUCAGGAUGAAACUUCAGUGCUAUAGGCUUCUAUGCUUAGCGAUUGAAAAAUGAAAAUGGAACAGAGAUUUAAAGUAUUGGACAUCAAGUUCUUGUAUGCCUGUGUCAAACCUAUGAUAGUUGUCCUCUACCAGGUUUGCUCAAACAUCAGCAUUUCUUUACAUCGUUUCUAGUAUCAAACAUCAAUCAAGCAGGACAAAGUAUUGAACUAUAUCAACUGCAAAGCACUGGUGUAAUGAUGAAUAUGCACUUGCCAUAUUUUUAGAGUUUUCCCUUCUGCUCAAGUGGAGCAAAUACGGUGUGUUGGUUACACAUUUAAUCCAUGGUGAUGCUUUUUUUUGGUCUUAUAAAGCAUAAUCUGCUCGCAACUUGCAUUCCUUAACUGCUUAUACAUGGUAUACAAUAUGUUACUGGUGAAUGUUUGUAGGGUUGAGUUUCUAGAUUAGUGGAUAUGUUGUCCAGUGAUUUAUUUUUUAUCGACUACUAGAUUAGUGGAUAUAUUGUACAUAUUUGUGAUUCUUGUUUUGACAUGUCGACUCAGUUCAAUACUACUGGAGAUAAAUACUCGGUAUUCUUUGUGAAACAAAACAAACUUGCUUUUUAUUGUUCUGUUACUCACUGUGAAAUCUUGAAGUUAACCCCAUAGAAAUUUUGGACCGGUUUUAACUUUUAACAUCAAGUUGUGCAAUUGGUGUACUGAAAUAAUUUAAUUAUUAUCUUCUUAUCUUUUGGGCACUGACUUGACAUACCUUCUCUUUAUUGCUGAUUUGCCCAACCUUCUUGCUUUAGGUUUACACCUUCGUGUUUCUGUUACGAAUAAUUCCACUAGUGAAACAGUAGCAGAACUUGAUGAAUUGUAUUUCCCGUACCUGCAUGUCCGGAUAAUAAAGAUGCAAGGCAUGUUAAGACAUAUCAUGUUGCACUGAAGGAGAAAGGCUUUGUUGAUGGUCCGUGGUGUCAUAAUUAUUGGCUAGGAGACAGAAAAGAAAGUUUUGGAAGCCACUCUCCCACCCUCACCCCAACAAAGAAAGGAAAACCAGUUACAACUAACAGGGCACUACACCCACACAAAAGUAUGCCUGCAUGUGCAAAACAGUGUGUGCACUUACUGGAAAAGAGUUUCAACCAUCCUUUAUGUUGUUCUUUAAAAUUGAAAUUUGCAGUAAAUUAUUCAUUGCUCUUGAUAGCUGGUAAAGCUGAAUCUCCAACCUGAUGCAUCUGGUUCAUUUGUUGAAAUCCUUGGUAUGUGAAUUUUAGCUUUCCACUUUAAUUUGAAAUAUCGGCCCGUUAUGUGUUUGUAGGUCCUACUCGACCUGACGGCAGCUUACCAUUAUCAGUAUCAGUCUGCAUCUCGUUUGUCUUCAGCAAGAUGCUCUUCGGUUCCAUGCGUCUCGGUCUCGGGUCAUAUGACUGGGCUAGAAGUAAUGCGGAGACUUGAUGCCAAUACACUCGUGACCUCAGAUGGGGUCUCAUCUAGCAAAGGCAAACAUAGAUGCUGUCGUUGACGCUUCAGCCGACACCAUGGUUCUGUACCCUGAGAAAGGACGCAAUCUGCACAGAGCGUGUGAGUUUUUGUUCCGACGCAAUCUGCUCUCAGCCUUGGAUUCAGCCUGAGAAGACAAUAGUCGAAAUGACGAGCGGUAUUUUUCUGACUUAACGUGAGGAUGUAAACCUGAAACUAAAGAACAUUCGGGUGCUUACUCGCGCCCCAGGCGGAGACGACGCGCGGUAUUUGUGGCUGGAAGAGACCUCCUUUUCUUGGCAACUAAUGCUGUUCCAUGGUGUUGCAGAGCUUCUCUGUCUAUCCUUUGGGCAUUAUCGUCUGUGAAGUGAGCACAUCGCAGUGAAGCAUUGACUCUGAUCGCCUUUUGCUGCUUUUGGUGAGUUGCUGUACUCAUCCACCCUCUUCCCCAAUCAGUUAGGACACCAAGAUCAUUGCCCAAUACAAAGACAGUGAUGCAAAGUUCAAGUAGAUAUGAUGUGAGUGUGACUCUAAGAAAGUGAAAGUGACAAGAUUGAUUUCA